GGGGAGAAAAUAGCAGUGUAGCUGUGUAACUAGCUGGCUGGCUAAUUAGUGGGGGAUGGGUGACAGACUUCGAACUGUUGUUUACCUUCGUCCACCCAAUGAAAUACAGUUAGUCUUUAGGUUGAUUUUUGUCGCCCGUCUUGUGCUUUGGUAUUAAGUUUGGUGUAAAUAGACCGUAGAAGUACAUUUGUAAAUCGCUUCCUGUUUGAAUAAGCGCCAGACGAACGAAAGUGUUCCUUAUCCAUUUUUACGUUACGUGCUCUAGGCAAGUUGAAUGUAGGCGUAAGGUUUCUUUUUUGCUCCUCCUGUUUACUGUGGGCAGUGAUGCUAAGUGAUCAUUUACAUUUUAUCGCUGCUGUUUAUCACCAGCGCUGGAAACGUCGGCUACUCUACUUGCCCCUGCCGUUUUAAUCUGCAUAUUGAAUCUGUUUUUCUUUCUUUCUUUCGUUUAAAAUGCGACUUUCCGUGUUUUAAAUGAACGUGUGCGGUCUGCUUUGUUUUCACCACGGGCUUAGCCGCAGCGAAUACGCAGGGGUGAUCUGUUUACCUCUGAUUUUACGAGGAGCCAAAAAGACUGGGCGGUCGUUGUAUCAUAGUAACAUUCAUAUAUAAAUGCUGUACUUAAUUAAUAUUGUUGGCAUUUUUGUAUAUAUAGUUGCCUGCCUGUCGCCACACGAAGUGCGGGGUUUGAAAUAUUGGCAGUUUCGCCUUCCUAAUGUUAAUGCAUUUUUUAUUCGUUCUCUUGUGGUCUAGAGACAGACACUACGCAAUCUGAUUUUGGUAUCUGGAUUAAUGUGUUAUCAACAAUGGUCACUCCUAUCUUUGGACAGUAACAAUGGGUCGGAUUUUCCUCGAUCACAUUGGAGGCACACGACUCUUUUCCUGCGCAAACUGUGACACCAUCCUGACCAACCGUGCGGAGCUCAUCUCCACACGCUUCACUGGGGCUACAGGCCGUGCUUUCCUCUUCAACAAGGUGGUGAAUCUCCAGUAUAGCGAGGUUCAGGAUCGUGUCAUGCUCACAGGUCGACACAUGGUGCGCGAUGUCAGCUGCAAGAACUGCAACAGCAAGCUUGGCUGGAUCUAUGAGUUCGCCACAGAGGACAGCCAGCGUUACAAAGAAGGCCGCGUCAUCUUGGAGAGGGCGCUGGUGAGGGAGAGCGAGGGUUUUGAGGAACAUGUCCCAUCUGAAAACUCCUGAAGCCCCGCCCCUUGCCAGGUCCGCCCUCCCCCAUUGUCUCAAUGAUGGCUGACAGUGCCAGUGCCCCCGCACCCCCCCAUGGCCCCCACACAUCUCAGUGCCUCAUCUCAAACUCAGAGCAGCACUGCUGACUUCUGCUCCUCCAGAGAGCAGCCCUUUUGGCUUUGGGUUGGGCAGAUCCCCGACUUGCUAAUCCUGUUAUCUGCCAUUUGGACAGAUACGGGGCGGUGCUUUGAGGCAGGUAUGUAACAAGCAGAUCUGGCCUCGUCCUCUAGAGGUCACUGCCUAAAUGCAGGAGCCACAAACAUCCUCCAAGCUGGACCGAUAUCCAUUUUCGAUCUUGUGAUGUCAGCGUGCUGUGAUUGUUUAACUAAAUGCGCUUCCUGUCUGUAAGCUGUUGCAAACUGCAUACUACAGUAAAGAGUAUAUAUUUCAAACUGCUUCAGGCAAGUUUGUUUGGGGAGGUGAAGGAUAUUUUCAACACAUUAGAAUACCAUGUUCCAUGAUACAUGCAGAGAUAGAGAGGCCCUGUAGAUGGCCUACAAAACAUUCAGUCCUCAGUGCUUUCGGACAUCACAAGUGUGCACGUCUGUAUGUCUUGUCUUGUGUGGUGCUGUGAUGGUGGGCUAUUAAGACGGUAUCUGCUACCUGCAGUGAUCAUUUUUUUCAGGACAUUUUGCUUUGAAGUAGGAGUAAUUCACAUGCUAUUACUUAUUAUUGUUGACAGUUUCUAUUUGGAUAUAAAUAUUCCUUGUGUUGCGAUUACUUUUCCCUUUUCCUGGGUUUCAUCGCUAGUGAUGGUGUCUGAAUAAAGUUGGUGCUCUUGCUGAAA